GUCUUUGAACUUGAGAGGCAGCUGCAGGAGGCUAAUGCCAAAUUCGCUGAGGUAGACAAUGCCAAAGGCACAUCCGAUCUCUUCCGACAGAAUCGUAGUCUGAAAUCGAGGCUGGAGUUUCUUUCCCAGAAGUUGGCCGCGAUCGAACGGUCACUGGCAAGUCUCAGUCCAGCCGCGGCCGACCAUACCCAGCGCGAAGUGAGUCGUGUUUCGCGGUACUUGUCGGAGUACAAGGAGAAGGCUGCUCACAUACUGGCCAACAAGGAGAAGAAGAAGAAGAAGAUGCGGCCACUGGAACAAGAGUUCUAUUUUCCUGACGUUUGA